AUGCGCCCAACUUUUCAACUGAUUACACUGACUCCUGUUUUGCUGGAGUCUGCAAACUCAGAAGACAUUUUCGUUUUCUUGUUAUUCACCUUUUUAAAUUUUAUAGCUAUAUCUGCCUUGACGGGUGUAGAUGUUAACAUCUCCGAUUUUUGCCUUUUGUGUUUGCGACCUGUUUUAGGAGUAGCCAUAACUGAUGGUAAGGGUCUAAUUUGCAAUGGUGUAAGAUUCGCAGAUUUUGGAUGUGCUUUUUCUAAAUUAGCUGAUCCUUGCUCCGGUACAUCAUUGGACAAGGUGAAAGCAGGCACAGAUAAAACACCUCAGUCAUAGUUGUGCGUUGGUAGGGUGCCAAAGAUUCAGUUAUUGCAUCUAUAGGGACAGCAGAUGCAAUUUCG